AUGGAAGGGCCGCCAGUGAACGUCUCAAGUUUGACGACAGUGACCUCGCCAAGAUCUGUUCGUUUGCCAGGGUUGAUCAGCCUCGAGGACUAUGACUUAGUCCGCACGGUAAUCUUAUUCAUCAUAGACCCCGUGCCCCUUCUGUUCGGGAUUGUCUCCAACUUCAUCAACGUGAGCGUGUUCUGUAAGAUGGGCGUGCGAGACACCGUGAGCGUUUCCUUCCUCGUCCUUUCGUUCUCCGACCUCGCCGUUCUGCUCACAGGCGUGGUUGAGACCGCCUGCUACCUCCCGACAAAGUUCUUCUCCAAGUCUUUCCAAAACGCCGUGGACAUGUUCGGGCUUGGUCUCCUGAUCUCCAGGUACAAGCAACCUUUCUACAACUUCUCCGUCUUCGUCCCGACCUACAUAGCGGUCACUCGCUGCUUCUGCGUCACUUUCCCUCUGCAGUUCGGCGGAAUGUUCACCAGGUUCCGAACGAUCGUUGUGUUGUCCGUCACUUUCACAUCGAUCGUGGUUUUGUACAUCCCCAGUCUCACUCUCCAAGACAUGAGGUAUCGCUUUGACCCGAGAAGAAACGUCACCCGACUUGUGACCUACUUUGACCCGAAGAGAACGGUGUGGAUGCCAGUGUACUCUCUGGGGUUUAAGAACAUCUAUGUCAACGUUUGCUUCAUCACCUGCUGCAUCUCAACCGUCAUCCUCAUCAUCAGCCUCAAAUCUGCAGCCAGAACGCGACGUAAAAUCAUGGGUCAGACUCAGGCCGACUCCACCAAAUCCUCCUCGAAAGUAACCAAAAACAUAAAGGAUUCAAGCACACACGACACUGAAGCGUCUACCAAAGAAUAUGAAUCGGUGAAAGGUUCUGGUUCGAAACCUCCUGACGGAAAGACCUUGACUCCCCGUGACGUACAAGUGGUCAAGUCGGUGGUUUUGGUGACAUUGACGUUCAUCUGCACUCACAUCCCUGUGGUCAUCUUGGCAGACGUAGUCCGGCUGUUUGUGCCAGAGUUCCGCUUCCUUGGCCGUUACUCCAACUCAGUUCUGGCCUCGUUUUUCGUGGCUCGGACUGUGGUCAUUCUGAGCAGUGCCUGUAACAUCCUGGUUUACUUCAACUUCAACACCAAGUUCAGGGAGACCCUGAGGGCGAUGUGUUGCAAGCGAGGGUUGGAGAACAAAUAUUGA